UUUUUCCAAAUGGCGGAUUCGGAUUCCGACGGCCAAGAAUUGACAAUUUCUGAGCAAAAGAAUGUCGGUACAGAGCAUUCAAAAGAGAAAAGAAAAGGGAAACAUACCAUCAGUGAGAAAGAGAGGCUCAAAAAAAGAGGAGUUAGUAAACCUGGUCGUGCUGUGGUGAUAUCUGGAGGAAGCACAGAACCCCAGUUGGAUGAUGUGCCUGUGGAUUUAUCUGCAGAUCACAAAGAUCUAGUCAUGGAGUACUCAGAUAUCUUUGAGCCAUCGGAAGAUGCUGGCUUUAUUGAUAUUCAAGAUGGUGAUGCCAUUUCUGAGAGCAGUGACACUGAGGUUGUGGCACACACCAGAGAAGAGAUACAGUAUGACAAUCCAGAAACAUCAAGCGAAAGUGAUAGUGAGAAUGAAGGAAACGAGGGUCCUCCCCCAUUGGAUAGUGAUGAGGAUGACGAUGAGGGUAGUGAUGUUGACGGUAUUGACGGCCCCCCUCCAUUGCACAGCGAUGACAACGCUGAGAACACAGAUAAUGGAGAUGAGCUGGUUACCUCACCUGACAGUGGUAGCAGGGAGGAUUUGAGCUCCAGGAGAGCCCCUGUACCCAGAGAAAGGAGAGGCGUGAAGAGUUCUGAUGACUCUGACAGUGAUAGUGAAAGGGAAGUGCCUCCACCUCUUGAUAGUGAAGAUGAAGGAGAAGAAAAUGAUUCCAGAAGCCCUGCUGUAGAAGCUGCCGAAAGUGCUGAUGUGGAUUCUGUUGGAGGUUAUGCUCAUGAUUCACCAGCUGAAGAUGCGAAUGAUAAUGACGAUGAGCAGCCUGGUGGUAAGUUUGAUGAAGAUGAUGAUGACGAAGAGGAGGAGGAACAACCUAUCAGUAAUGAUGGUAAUGCUGACGAUGGUGAUAAUGACGACAAGAAGGAAGAAGAAGAUGUUGAGGUAGUGCCGCAGUCUCCUAGGCCUGUCACACCUGAAUCUGAAAAUUCAGAGGAAGGUGAACUGUCUGAUUCAUCUCGAGAAGUUGAGACGCAGAUUCCAAAGCAGGAUCAGUCUGACGACCCUGAUGACGAUGUUGAGGAUGAUAAAGAGAGUGAUCAUGAAGCAGUUUUGGAUACAAUAGAAAACGAAAAUGUCGCGUCUAUUGCUGAUGAGGUUAGCAGCUCUUUAGUCCCAGUCGAGGAAUCGCACGAAGACGAAAAAGAGGAAAGCGAGGAUGAAGGUGAAACUGGAGAUACAGUUGGCGGUGAAUUUGAUGAGAAAGGUACUGUAAAAUCUGAUCAUGACCACAAUGUUUCACAUACUUUUAGAGAAGAAGAGGCGCGUCGUGAUGAUAGCGAUCACGAUAGUGACGAGUCACAAGAAUUUGUUCCCAUUGAAGACGACAAUGAAUUGGAAUGGGAUGUAGAAGAUUUUGAUGUUCCUGAACACAAAACUGUUAAAAGGACUUCAAAGGUGAAUAAAGAAGUUCAAGAGGUUGACAAAUUGAAAAAGACUUUUCUGGACACUCUAAAGAGUGAAGCAGAAGGUAUGAAGGUUGUCAGAACUGAACAGAAAGCUGAUUCAAAGAAAAAGGUUGAUAAAGGAGUAAGAGAAAAGAAAAUUCUUGAAGACGAUAAGGAACGUGCACUUGGUAGUUCAAAAGAUUUGGAAACUAAAGAUUUAAAACCUGAGUCUGGAAAAUAUCCUAGAAAGGUAACAAAAGAUAAUCCAGGUAAUAAUGAACACGUGAAAGUUGAAAAGAAAGUUGUCAAGGAUUUGGUGGUCAAAGAUAAAUCAAAAACUGUAGUCUCUUCAAAGCCAGUUGACAAUGCAGCAAAGCCGAAGAAAGGAAAACUGAAAGCUGCAGAUAAGAAUCUAGAGGAAACGAAUAAGCAACAGACUGAAAAACUUAAGAAGGGUUUUAAAGAAAGCUCAAAAGUAACUAAAACAUCCGCCAUGGAAAGGGAAGGAAUUUCUAAAGCUGGGAAUGUUAAGUCUGCCUCAGUUUCGUCAUUGCCUAUUGGUGCGGAUGUGCAGCGGAGAAAUCAGCCAACAAAAGAGAAGAAGAAAACAAGGCCAGUCAGUGAUUUUCGCGCUGAUUCUCGUUCACAUAACCAGACAGACGAGGUGCAUGUAGCUGCUAAUCAACCAAGAAAGGAAGCGAAGAAACCGCGGAAAAGUGACAGUGACUCAACAUCGGACUCGUUAACAAGGAAAAAACCACAGAAAACAACUUCGUCUGAAUCUGUAUCUUCCAAGAAACAGAAAUCUAGUUCGACCACUACAACUACGCGCGGGGAAAGAGAAAAGUCCUCAGAAAAAGCAGAGGUGAGAAAAAACAAAUCUAAAAGGACUGUGAGUAAGCCCGAUGAAUCUGAUCAGGAAGAGGAAAUCAGUCGUGAAAGGAAGAAACGGAGCGAUGCACCGGUUAAAAAUCCAGGUGAAUCGAAAUCCAAACCGAGAGGAAGACCGACGAGUAAUGGUCACCUUUCGAGUUCACAAGAAAAACUUUCCUUUCAUUCUGGUCACCACGAUCAAAGCCCCAGGGAACAUGGUCUCAGGGGUCAUCUUGCGAGGGACCAUGUUGCUAAGGACCACAGUUUGAGGGACAAUGUUACUAAGGAUCACACUGCCAGGGGCCAUGGUAGUAGGGAGCGCAUUGCAAGGGACCAUGGUAGCAGGGAGAAUGUUGCUAGAGACCAUGGUAUCAGAGAGCAUGAUGCUAGGGAUCAUGGUAAUAGGGACCAUGUUCCUAGAGAACGUGGCACUCACAAGCACAGUGGCCACACCCAUGAUCGAAGCAAACACGUCUGGCUUUGCAGAGAUGAUGAGAUCCAUAAACUCAUUGCACAAAAGGCUUCCUUGUUAAAGGAGUACGAGUCAGGAAGCUUGGCUGGCAGGAAAGUUUUUUCAGGACACAAGAGUCGUCACAAGCGGGAAGAGGAUCCUGCCGAUCUGCCUGACGUGGGAUUCGUUGGCAGCAAACCGAACAGAAGACAAACGAGACCGAUGAGCGAGGUCAUCCCAGGUGGUGUUCCUUACAGCUCUCGGAGGAAGGAUAAGCGUCAAUCUCUGCAGCUUUCAUACACUGGAUCGUCAACAGAUGACGACGAACGCACGAACAGGGCAGCAGAGGUAAAGAAAACGGGAACUUUUGCGGUGGGACUAGCGUCACGUAACAUCGAGCAUUCGGAACCAGCAGGAGAGAGUGACUCGGAACACGAGGAGACUUGUGAAUAUUGUGCUGCAGAGAAGGCUGCGGCAAACAAGGCCCGAGAGCGAAAUCCAGCUUGGGAUGGCCCACAUCAUCCGAGGAAUCUUCUUCUUGGAGUUGUGUACACAGCCAAGUACCUGGGUUCGUCGCAAAUUAUGUCGCCCCAGGCCCCAAACAAAGCUGUUCGGAUGGAACAGGCUCAGGAAGCCGUGGGACGAAUAAAGGUUCCUGAGGGUGAGGACCAACCAACUACUGAUAUUGACUUUUUCAUUUCUACUGAAAGACUUAAAGUGGUCAAUUCCACUACAAAGGAGGUCAUGUUAGACCACUCCCUCCGCUCCGUGUCGUUCAUCGCAGAUAUCGGAGAUGUUCUUGUGCUAAUGGCUCGUCAGCAAUCCGAGGAACGCGCCAACAAAGAGGUUUUAAAACCUUCACAGAUCCUGGCUAGCGUAGGAACGGCGCAGACGGACCACAAAAACGUCAAGAUCACUUGCCACGUUUUUCAGGCGCCAGAGGCUCAGGUUAUAGCCAAGAGUAUUGGUCAGGCAUUCAAUGUGGCUUACCAAGAAUUUUUAAGACAAAACGGACUAAGUGAGGACGUUAUUGAAGAUGCCGAGUAUAACGGUGUGUUAGAGGCACAGAAAAUACUCGGCGAGGACUUGUCCCUGUUGUCCGAUGAAAAUAGCGCCAAAGAAGUGAUUGUUAAUAAGAAGCCCGCUGAAAUACUUGGUGUGAUGAUCGUGGAAUCAGGCUGGGGAUCCAUGAUUCCUUGUGCCAUCAUAGCGCAUCUAGCGAAAGAUGGACCAGCGGCUAAGUCUGGCAGGCUUAAUGUUGGUGAUCAGAUCCUCUCAGUGAAUGGUACAAGUUUAGUUGGUCUGCCUUUGUUAGAAUGUCAAAAUAUUAUUAAGGGCAUACGUCCAGAGACGAAAGUGGUGAUGAAAAUCGUGUCGUGUCCUCCAACUGUACAAGUGGUGGUUAACAGACCGGAUACCAAAUAUCAGCUUGGAUUCAGUGUGCAAAAUGGAAUGAUUUGCAGUUUAAUGCGCGGAAGUAUAGCAGAGAGAGGCGGUGUUCGAGUGGGACACAGGAUUAUUGAAAUAAAUGGCGAGAGUGUGGUAGCCACGUCUCAUCAGCAUAUAGUGGAACUAUUGGCCACCACAGUAGGAGAGAUCCGUAUGAAGACCAUGCCUGCCUCCAUGUAUCGCCUUUUAGUUGGUUUGGAAACACCACAACACAUCUGAUCUGAUCGGGAAGAGGACUUCAUGCUUAAAAUUACAACCGGACCGCUUGAAAAAGUUCGACGUCAGUCACGCAAUGAGAGCGACUAUGUCACCCAUUGGGAGAAACUUUGUCACACAGUUUGUCCAUGAACUUAGACAUCGUGACGGAGAGUUUGAAUGAAACAAUAUAGUGAAAGAGGAAUGAACGGGUCUUUCAUUGAACAGAAUCGUCUAGAGACAGUCAAGGAACUGAUUAGUUCGACAGCCAAAUGUAACGCUUCACUAAAGUAUCAGUGGAUUAGAUUGUUUAAGUCUCAGUCCAUUGUUGAAAAACAUUGAAUACAAAUCAACUCAUUGUAGAUAGCCGCAGUUUUUGAUGGAAAGUAAUACGUUCAACAAAUAGCUGAAAUAUUUAUUCGAAGCUGUCGAAUUAUUUACCUUAUGGUUUAUUUUGUUUACAUAUAAAAUUGAAGUGUAAACUUUGAGAAGUCGUUGAGUUCCAAAAAAGAUAUACACGCCUACUAGCGUUUUUCAUAAACUUCGGUUACUUUUGAAUGGGUAAAAAAGUGUGAUGAUGACGAAGUUCGCGAACUUAACUUUGAUGGUUCACCAAUUUCACUUGAGGUGUUUCAAACGAUAUUUCUUGCCAAAUCCUUCGUGUACCUAUCCUUAACGUAAAACUGACAUCUAAAUAAUAUGCUUUGAUACGUUUCGGGGUGUAAUUAAAAGUGUUUUACA